CUUUAAUCGCACACCCACAGCAACCCAGAUCUUUAAAUUCAGCAAUUCUUUCUCAGGUUUCAGCAAGUCAUUGGCAGCCUGAGCUAUUUUUGGGAUAUUUUCUCUACUGCAGAUGCAGCUUAGGAAAACGCAGGGAGCAUGCUAAAGACCUGCAGCUAUUUGCCUUGUACAAUUUGCUCAUUUCUCUUUAUUUCUCUGUUUUCCUGCACUGAUCACUUAAAGGACAAUCUCUCUUGCAAACAAAAUCCCCGGAGCCUGAUUAGAGGGACCGAAGGCUCCCAGACACGGAUUGCCUGCCAGCCACAGCACGGCGGAGCGGGCCCGGCAGGAGGCGGAGCGGGCCGCCGCACGUCCCCCAGCCGCUCGGCCGGCCCCCCCGCCAUGGGUCGGAAGCGCUGCGUGGGGGGAGACGGCUCCAAGAUGGCGGCGGGUUGCUGCGGGGUGAAGAAGCAGAAACUCUCCAGUUCCCCUCCGUCGGGCUCAGCCGGCCCGGGAGGCGGCGGCGGCGGCUCCCACUGCGGCGGGGCGGCGGCGGCGGGCGGCGAGCCGGGGGCGUUGCCUCCGCCUGGGGGCCCCCGCCUCAACGGCCUCGGGGGGCUGGCGGGGGGCGCCGCCGGCUGCGCCCUGGCCCCGCCGCUGCCGCCCAGCUGCGGCGGGGGCCCCGCCGGCCUCUCCCCUCCGGCCGCCUCGCUGCUCGCCUCCCCCGGCGCCGGCUCCGGCGGGCCCGGCUGCAGGAAGAUGGUGGUGUCGGCCGAGAUGUGCUGCUUCUGCUUCGAUGUGCUCUACUGUCACCUGUACGGCUACCAGCCCCCGCGGAGCCCCCGCUUCACCAAUGACCCCUACCCGCUGUUUGUAACGUGGAAGAUUGGUCGAGAUAAACGAUUGCGUGGAUGCAUAGGUACUUUUUCUGCCAUGAACCUGCAUUCAGGACUCAGGGAGUACACACUUACUAGUGCCCUUAAAGAUAGUCGUUUCCCCCCAAUGACGAGGGAUGAGCUGCCACGGCUUUUCUGCUCUGUCUCCCUCCUCACUAACUUUGAGGAUGCCAGUGACUACUUGGACUGGGAGGUGGGUGUACAUGGCAUUAGAAUAGAAUUCAUCAAUGAAAAAGGAUCAAAACGCACCGCCACCUACCUACCGGAGGUUGCAAAGGAGCAAGGAUGGGACCACAUUCAAACCAUAGAUUCCUUAUUGAGGAAAGGAGGCUACAAAGCUCCGAUCACUAAUGAAUUCAGGAAAACCAUAAAGCUAACCAGGUACCGUAGUGAGAAGAUGACCAUGAGCUACACAGAGUACCUUGCCCACCGUCAGCAUCAUCACUUCCAAAAUGGCAUUGGGCACCCCCUUCCACCAUACAACCAUUAUUCCUGACACUGAGCCGCAUGACCAGUCACUGGACCUCUCUGCAGACCUCUUCCCAGGAGACCCUGCCCCUUCUUGGUCUAGCUAUCUCUAUUACUGUACCAUUUUAUGAUGAUAGUUUCCGUUGCCAUUUUGAGGCUUCUCCAUAGUUGGUUAAGCUCAUUGUGGCAACGGGAGGGAAAACUGCGUUAUUACAAAGAUCCCAUACUUUUUUAUUGAAUCACUGCAGAUUUUUUUGCAGCAUAUAUAGCCCUUGGGUUUUUUAUGAAAUGUUAAAUUUCUACUUCAUUAGCAUUGAAUUAUAUCAGUCAAGACUUUCUGUGACUGUGGAUGGAAGGAAGAGUUUAAGGAUUACAAUUAGGGAUUCUUUGCUCAGAAAAAAGAGAAAGAAAAAAAGGCACUCAUGGCUUUUUCAUUAAUAGCUCUGUCAGGGAAUGAAACAUAUCAGAUUCAGGUAUUAUAUUAGACAAUGAAUAGCAUUUUCUUAACCUUCUUAAUAGUAGUCUGUGGUACAAUAUUUCAUAGACAUUCUUCUUCCCUUUGAGCUUUUCCGUGAGCUCCGUGCCAUGGUUGAGCAAAGAGCUCGUGGAAAACAAAAGAAACACAGGGAAGAAGAAACUCUGAAAUAUGGAAAAAGGACCUGGCCACUUGGGAGGAACAUGGGAAUGCUGUCAGGACCUGCAGGGAUGCGGCGAGGAAGGCUAAGGCCCACUUGGAGUUAAAUCUGGUGAGGGAGGUCAGGGACAUCAAGAAAAGUUGUGGGAAUUGUUUUGUUUUUUUUCCAGUAUCUCAGUAGCAAAAGGAAAACUAGGGAAAAUGUGGGCCCUGCUGCUUAAUGAGGUGGGUGCCCUGGUAACAGGGGAUGCUGAGAAGGUGGAGAUGCUGAACACCUUCUUUGCUUCAGUCUUUACUAAUUAGACUGUCCCGCUGGAACCUCAGACCAAGGAGCUAAGAGAGUCUGGAGAAAGGAGGACUUCCCCUCGGUCCAGGAGGAUCAUGUCAGAGAUCAUCUAGGCAACCUUGACUCACACAAAUCCACUGAUCUCAAUGGGAUGCACCCACAAGUGCUGAGGAAGCUGGCAGAAGUGAUUGCCAAACCACUAUUGGAGAAUGGGAAAGGUGCCCAAAGACUGGAGGACAACCAGUGCCACUCCAGCCUUCAAAAAGGAUGAGAAGGAGCUGGGAAACUACAGGUCAGUUGGCAUCACCUCUGUCCCCGGAAAGGUGAUGGAACAGCUUGUUCUGGAUGUCAUCACCAAGCACGCAGAAGAGAAGGUGGUUAUCUGGAGUAGUCAGUGUGGAUUCACCAAGAGGAAAUCAUGCUUGACCAACUUGGUAGACUUCUGUGAUAUCAUCACCAGCUGGGUAGAUGAGGGAGACUGAUUGACUUCAGCCAGGCUUUAGACAAGACUGUGCAGCCAUUCAGCAGGACAUUACAGGUUGGCGAUUUGGGCAGAGAAGAACCUGAUGAACUUUAGGAAGAGCAAGUGUAGGGUCCUGUUUCUGGGAAGGAAUGACUCCUUGCAUCAGUAGAGGUUUAGGGGCCAGCUUGCUGGAAAGGUGUUCUAAAGAGAAGGAGCUGAGUGCUGGCUGUGAGGCAGCAGUGUGCCCUUGUGGCCAGGAAGGCCAACUUUAUCUUGGGGUGUGUUACAAAGAACAUGGCCAGCAGAUCGAGGAGCUGAUCCUCCCCCCACUUCUCUGCCCUGGUGAGGCCACAUCUGAAGCACAGUGUCCAGUUCUGGGCUCCCCAGUUCAAGAUAUCUUCUAGAGAGAGUUGGAGAAGGGCCACAAAGAUGAAAAAGGGCUGGGAGCAUCUCCUGUGCGAGGAGAGGCUGAGAGACCUGGGGCUGUUCAGUCUGGAGAAGGGAAUGCUGAGAGGGGAUCUCAUCACUGUUUAUAAAUAUCUAAAGUGUAGGAGUCAAAUGGAUGAGGACAGGCUCUUUUCAGUGACGUGCAGCAAUAGAACAGGGGACACUGGGCAAAAAAACUGGAACACAGGAAGUUUCAUAACAAACAUGAGGAAGAACUUCACUACUUUGAGAAUAACAGAGCACUGGAGCAGGCUGCCCAGAAAGGUGGUGGAGUUUCAAUUUCUGGAUUCAAUAUUCUGAUUCAAUAUUCAAGACCCACCUGGAUGCCUUCCUAUGUGAUCUGCUUUAGGGAACCUGCUUUAGCAGGGGAUUGGACUGCAUGAUGUCCAGAGGUUCCUUCCAGCCCCUAGAAUUAUGUGAUUCUGUAACAGUAUCUCACCCCUGCAGUAAAGAUUUACUGUAGCUAUAUAUGUAGGUUGCUCUGAAAAUAAUGCCUCCUAUUAAUUUACAUGGAAACUACAACAGGUACAAAGAGCACAGUAACACUACUUGAUAGAGAAAAUGCUCAGCUACAGAACACUAUUUUUCAACGCAGUCAUCACCGUUAGCAGAGACUGCCCUUCUGCUGCCAUCUGUCACACAGCAACAAAACAUAACAGAUUAUUUAUUGGUGGGAACGUUCAGUCUCUGCUGCCAUCCCACCAACAACUGCCUCUGAUUUUGUGGGCCAACAUCAUAAAGUAGGAGGCAUUACUUUCAGAGCAGCCCUUGUACAUGACCUCCAGCUCCAGCACACAGCCAUAAUUUGAAGGUUCGUAUAAAAAUGCUUUUCUGGAUAUGAAAAAGCAAUUAAGCGUAAUAAGAGGUGAGCAGCGUGCUCAGAAUCAUGUGGUCUAAUUGAAAGUGUGUGACGUAACUCAGUAGGAUACCUUUAUCUCCUGUUCUGCUCCAGAAGCUGAGGGCAGCCCAGCACUGUCAAGCCUCCUCCUCAUCAUGCAUUUGUAAUGAGACAAUGCCUUUCUGAUGAUCUCAAAUUAGAAGUCACGUUUGUUUUUAGAACCAGAUUGGUGAGUAGCGGAUGUCAUGUUAGGGAGAAAAUGGAUUUAGAUUUUAGUGCCUUUGACUAUGACAUGGUUAUACUUGCAUAUAAAAUUCAUAGAAAAAAUAUAGCAAACGCACCAGACGUUCCAGCAAUCUACAUUGAGUUCUGUGCUGCUCUGGUGUCAGGUUUUGGGGGAUUUUAUAAAGUGAGAUAUUUUUCAUUUUCUUUUGUUUUUGGUGGGGUUUUUUUAGCUUAUUUUAGAAAACAAAAAUCCCUGUUUUGUUCUUGCUUGUGCUUUUGAAUUGGUGGGGUUUUAUCAAGUCAUGAAUAGCUGGGUACCUUGUUGAAAAAAAAAAGAGAUAGUGUUGUGCAAGAGCACAGGACAAGUAUGCCAUAAUUUGUACAUGUUUCCAUGUAUCACAGGAAUAGUACUUGAGAGCUGUAAGUACUUUAUAAUGACUCUCCACAAGGUAGGGGAAAGAAAACUGAUGAGAACUUCUAACAAGUGUAGAAAUAGGACUUUUUAAGCAGUGUGCGUGGUGUGGUUGUAGGCUGGGAGCUGCCUCCUCGCUCACGUGCCUGUAGAACGCCCACCAAUACCCGCUGUAGUUCAGUGCAUGUUUUAGGGGACUCCACAUCCCAUCUGGUAUGGAAAAGACCUUCCUCAUAUGGGCGAGUCAAUUACGGUAAGCAGAAAUUGCAGUUGUUAUUUCGAAUAAGGAGCGUUUUUAAAAAUCCAUAUAGCACUCAGAUAAAUGAAGAUCAAGUUCAGAUAUGGAUAAAUGAUCCCUCAUGUGAGAAACGCCACUUAAUGUGAGCGGAGGUUCUUGUAGAAGGUCUUUUGUGUUCCUUCAUCCACAGCAUCCGAUGUCCAAAUAUUUCCAUUUUCAGUUGUGAUGCCUUAAUUUCUAAGCAGAGGGCCUGAAGCGUCAGGAGCCAAGAGGUGCCAGGCAGACGCUGCAGAAACUAAUAGAUGUUUAUACAGAGGCUAUUUUGGAUGAUAUUGUUGUCUUGUUUCUACUUGGGGGGAGCGGUUUAAAAUGGGUUUGUCUUCAAGUGGAAGCUGUGAACCGGUGGCUGCCCAAGAGGUGUUUUGGUUCUGUUUUUUUUUUUCCUUGCCCUUAUAGGGAAACUGAGCACAAACUGAAUCAUUCUGCUGCAAAAAACAAACAAGCAAAACACAAAGUCAUCCCACCCUGUCUUUAGCCGUCAUCUCGUUGCAGACGCUCCCAGCGCUGCCUGAGCUCAUCGUUAGAAGUUUUUUUAAGCAGAUCUAUUAUAUAUAGAAAUAUAUAUGUAUUGAAAGGUGCUAAUCAACCUCAAGCAGGUCACGUGACUGGUCAUGCGGAUCUAAAAAUCAUAUCAGAUUUUUUUAAGAAAUCUUCGAUAUAUGCAGAUGUUAUACAGAAUUUCUUACCAGUGUAAUAAUAAUAUACUGAUGAAUAAACAAUCCUGCGGGUUUUUAAGGACAAGGUCAGCAAUACUCCCCCACCAUGGCUUGGGGGGGAAAGGAUAGUUUUGUCUCCUUUUUGUAUACAGCAUAAUGCACAAUGCAUUUUUGUCUAUCUAUCUCUUAGUAGCCGUCGCUUACAGAUAUGGUUAAAAGGGUGUUAUACAAACUGUAAAGGUGUGCUUUCAACACGACUUAACGCCAGGCCCUUCUGGACCAGAGUUUUGUAUCACUAAUUAAAAAAAGCUGUUACGAAGUUCUGCGGUCAAUCAGGUUGUAUGGUAUUUUUUUGUAGAGAAGAUUGGAAUAAUCUGUUUAUCGACAGUGUUUGUAGGGCACCUACCUCCUCAGCACAAGACCGAGUGCUGAGAAUACUGCGGAUUGCUUCUAAUUGUGGGGUUACCUGUACGAAACAUGCAGUUCACUGUGACACAGUGGCACAGAAUAGGUCUGUUGGCCUAAAGCGAAUCGACAAUUGCUUUCACAGUUGCCAUUCUCUCAUAGUUAUCACUCUGUAUUGCUGGAUUUAGAUGUAUUUGUAUUGUUGUUUUGGUUUUUUUUUUAAUUUGGGGGCACUUCAUAAGAAGUGAAGGUACAACCAGGUAGCUGAUUUCACUCUUUAAGUUGGAAUGCUGAUCUUUGAUAAGCACUAAAUCCAUUUGCCUUAUUCCUUGAAUAUUUUUAUUAUUUUUUUUUUUUUAAAUUAUUCUUGUGCUUAACUUUUCUCAAGUCCCCCCUUCUGUAAACAAAGUGAGGCAGCAGAACCCCAGCCUGGCAUCAGGCUGUUGCGUAGCCGUGCCUCAAGUGGCCUUCCUUCCUCCUGGACCGCUGCAGCACCGACUGACCUGGCACCAUCUCAGCCCCAACGCUGGUCCCAGCAGGGGGAGGGCACCUGAGAGUUCUGACCUCAGAUACGAUCCUAAGAGAGUCGAAUCCCAUUUGCACACCCUGGCGUUUGUAUACGGACCUCUUUACUUGUCUUCAAAAUGUGCGGGUUUUUAAAGUCGUUGUCUGGAGUAGGUUACAUCUCUCAUGUGUGUUAGACCGAACCAAAGAAGCCUCCAGCCAUGCCCAGAUGCUGCUCCUGAAGCCUGCCUUCCAGUCCUUGCAAAAGCCCCGCAGGAUUAAAUGUGUUAAUUUUUUUAUUUUUGUACAGUUUCUAACUGAUUUUUGCUAGUGAUGUUAAUUGAAUUAAGUUUAUUUGGGGGAGUCCGAGGACCUCCAUUGAAAUAAACCGGUGACUUUUCCUUUUAUGUUAAAAAAAAAAGAAAAAGAAAAAGGAAAUUAAAAAAAAAAAAAG